AUGUCCCGACUUGCCUGGUGGACAAUGACGAAAGGAAAAGUUAUGGAAGGCGUUUUCGCCAUUAAUAAACCCACUGGUCGUUCCUCCGCUCAAAUCGUUCGCGAUCUUCAACACCAUUUCAAUCCCUCCGAAUUAUUCGCACCCUACAUUCAAAUAGAAACUCGAAACCGAGAAAACGAAUGGCAUAACCAAAAGCAACGACGUAGGAAGUCGGGCAAGAGAGUUCAGGUUAAGAUUGGUCAUGGAGGAACUUUAGAUCCGUUGGCUACUGGAGUCCUCAUUGCCGGAGUUGGAAAAGGCACAAAAGAAUUGGGCAAUUUCCUUCUCUGUACUAAGACUUAUGAGACCACUGUGUUAUUUGGUGCUGCAACAGAUACAUAUGAUAAAGAUGGGAAGCUAUUGAAGAGAGCUCCCUAUGAACAUAUUACGAGAGAAAUGGUCGAGAAAGGACUUGCUAAAUAUCGAGGAAAGUUUAUGCAACUUCCACCGUUAUUUUCGGCCUUGAAAAUGAAUGGAAAGCCUCUUUACGAAUAUGCGCGCGAGGGAAAGGAAAUCCCCAAAGAAAUUGAAAGAAGACCCGUUGAUGUCUCGGAGCUGGAGUUGCUGGAGUGGUAUGAAGGUGGUGAGCAUGAAUGGAAGGCGCCAACUGAAGAAGCGGGUUAUGCGGAAGUCAAUGUUGCGGCGAAAUUAUGGAAACAAGAGCGAGCUGAGCCAGCAAGUAAUGGAAAGGAGGCAGAGAAUGAGAGGGCGCUGGAAGAUUUCGAAAGUAGAAAGAGAAAGAUGGGUGAUGAUCAGGAUGACUUAGUUUUGGAAAAGCCGACAAAGAAAGCGAAGGAGGGAGCCGAAGGAGAAAAGGAAGAUGCGAUGAUGUCAGGCGGUCUAUCUUCCGAUAAAACUCCGGUUGAAGAUCAACCUAUCCCCUCCAAAGAAGACAUGAAGAAAGGUCCCCCAGCGGCCAAAAUUCGCAUGACUGUAUCAUCUGGUUUUUACGUCCGAUCAUUAUGCCACGAUCUCGGCGCAGAUUUGGGAUCAGCGGGAUUGAUGACUAGUUUGGUUAGGGUCAGACAGGGUCAGUUUGAAUUGGGUAAGAACGUUUUGGAGUACGAUGAUUUGGAAAAGGGAGAGGAGGUCUGGGGACCACAAGUUGAGAAGUAUCUGGAUGAAUGGAAUGCGUUGUCGAAUGCGGAGAAGGUCACAAAGACAGAGACUGGUGCGGAGAGUGCUACAGAAGCAGCCGCAGCGCUGCCUGUAGAAGAAACACCUGCUGCGGAAGCGGAAAUAAAGGACGAGACAACUGAGAUCAAGGAAGCAAAGGAUGAGACGACCGAGAGCAAGGAAGCAAAGGCCGACGCAUAG